UUUACAGGUUUUAGAGAAAACAAUCAUUAAACUCAUGAACCUCUGGGAUAUGUGAGAACUAUGACAAUGUCCUCAGAAGCUUACAGUAAUACGGUCACCAACCUGAAUGCUAAAGGUCUAUCCGAAAUACCAGCAGACGUUUUCAAAUGUAGGUAUUUAAAAUGUCUGCAAGUUGACAACAACGCCAUAACAACGGUGCCAAAAGAGGUGACCCAUCUUCCUGAACUAGAAAUAUUGUCCAUCGAAGGAAACGCCCUAAAGUGUUUACCUCCUCAUAUUGGUCUUCUUCCUCUGCUUCAAGCAUUAAAUAUAAGUCGUAACCACUUAACCUGCCUUCCAGAAGAGAUAAAAAACCUGAAAUACAUCAAGCAACUGUUUGCAACCCAUAAUAACCUUACCCAUCUGCCGCUGGCCAUGGGAGACCUCAAAACGCUCCAGAUACUAGGAUUAAGUGCCAACAGUCUGAAAAGUCUUCCAGACUCCAUCAACAACCUUAAAAACCUGCAUGUGCUGAACUUGGAUUCCAAUCAGAUGUCGAUCCUACCAAAACCCCUGUUUAAAUUGCCACAUCUUGUCAAGCUGUGCCUGUCUGGAAACCAGAUAAAAAGUUUGCCAAAGGAAAUAGGACACCUUAAAAGCCUACGUGAGCUUUCGCUCAGUAACAACCAUCUCACCUUUUUGCCAGUUCAGUUAUAUAGUUUAACCAACUUGGAAGACCUCCUACUUGAUAACAACAAGCUGACUGCCAUAUCAGAUAAGAUUGAGAACUUGCAGCAGCUAAAGGUGCUAUCCAUUGGCAACAACUUACUCACAGGGAUCCCAGAGAAGGUUUGCAGCUGUGUCCUCAUGGAAUAUUUGUCCCUAAGUGGUAACCAAAUACUCACACUCCCUACAAGGAUUCAUAGACUAAAGAAUUUAAAGGAGCUACGUAUUGAUCGGAACUCCUUGGGGAGUCUGCCAGAACAGUUGGCUCAUCUAUCAGAUCUGUUGGUGAUUUCGUGUGCAGAGAAUAACUUGCUUUAUGUCCCAAUUGAACUUAAAAACUGUGUACAAAUAACCAAACUGGACCUGAGUGGUAAUAAACUCUCGGAGAUUCCUCAGGCAUUGACUUCAAUGACUGAGUUGUUGUAUUUAAUCCUUAACAACAAUGAAAUUGCGGAGGUUCCUGAAACUAUAAUAUACGUUAAAAAACUAAAACAUCUGGCACUAAGGGGAAACAAAUUGGUGAAGUUCUCGGUACAUAUCUGCAGUCUGCAAUAUCUAACCUUCUUAGACCUCUGCGAAAAUAACAUUAGCCAUGUUCCUCCAGAAGUGGCCAAUAUGGAUUCUCUCUGUGAGCUUCUGCUACAUUCCAAUAAGCUUACAAGUUUCCCACCUGAACUGUGCGCUUUAAACAAUCUUCAGAAAGUCGACCUUUCAGACAAUAAGAUCCAAAGCGUUACCGAGCAAAUCAGCCAACUGCAGAAACUUCAAGACUUAAAUCUUUCAAAUAAUUAUUUUAAAGCAUUUCCACGUCAAGUGUGUACUAUAAGAUCACUGGAAACCCUGAAAAUAAGUCAACAAAAUGGAUUAAAGUUAACUGCUUUUCCAGAAGAUCUUAGUAAUCUAGCUAAUUUAAAGAGCGUUGAUAUAUCAGAUAACGCCUUCACCAUCAUACCAAACAGUAUUGGAGAGAUGAAGAACUUGAUUCAGAUAACAGCAUCUAACAAUCACCUAAGUGUUCUUCCUCCAUCCAUUGUCUCCAUGACCGGUCUUCAAAAAGUCUGUCUUAAAGGAAACCGCUUAAGAGUCCUGCCGCGCGACAUGCAUCGUCUCCACAAUCUGAAGGAGAUAAAUCUGGAUAACAAUCCCAUGUGCAGCCCCCCGCGCCCCGUGUGUGAAGGGAAACAGCUCUAUCCUAUUGGCCGCUAUCUUCACGGAGCCGACGUCAGGGAAGAGAAGAUUAUGCAGAAGGUAUUCAGAAUGGUCUCCUGCAACAUCGAUGUUGAAGAUUUCAUUUUUUUCUGUAAGAAACUGCAACUUAAAGACGAGGAGAUCAAAGUAUUUGUCAAAAGCAGGACAUUGCAGCUCCCUGACAAAAUCCUGCAGGCUCUGACCCUCUGGAAGAACAGCAGACAGCCCGGGGACGCUCCUGCGCACGUUACUGAUCGCUUGAUUCGAGCGCUCGUUAUGUCUGAUUUCCACGACGUUGCACAAAAAGCCAGAAUGAUUAAAAUUGCAGCGAAUGCAAUAAAAUUCUGAACAUCA